CUGUCUCAUCCACAAACUUGCAUCCUUCACAAGACGUCUUUUAAAGAAGACAUUUCUUGCUACCUGCUUCAUCAGUUCCUUAUUUAUUCCUGAGACAUCUUUGUUUUUUUUGUUUUUUUGGCUCAAGAAGAACAGGAUGUCAUACCUGGCAAAUAUUGUUGAAGUUGGAGGUUUGGGAGAAAAUGCUUUUGCUUUUAAUGGCACUGAAGAUGGAAGCACGCUGAAAACGAUCCAGGUUUGGGAAAGUGACUACAAGAUAAAAGCCAUGAAGGUGUGGCUUACUGAUGGCCAGUCCAAGCAGUUUGGUGAUCCUGCUGGGAAUCUGAAAGAGUUUACAUUUGAAGAUGGAGAGCAUUUCACCUCCCUUUCACUUUGGGCAAAUAAAGAUGGUACACGUCUGGGUGCAAUCAAAUUCAAGACAAGUCACUCCCUAGAGUUCUAUGCAAAAUCGGCAAAAGGAGGUCUAAAAAAAGAAGUUCCAGUUGAUGUCGCUUCUGGGAUCUGCAUGGGGAUCCAAGGACAUUUCGGGUCUGAUAUUGAUUGCGUAGGAUUCAUAUUCAUCAACACUGUCAAGUCUGCUCAGCUUACCGAUGUUGUGUAUCCCACCAUUCUUGAUGUGAUACCCAAAGUGGCAAACUCUUCUGUAACUCAAGAAUACAAAAUUGAGACCUCCAAAAAAAUCAUCCAAAAAUCCUCCUGGUCUGUUAAGGGAAAAUUGGAAAUCACAUUCAGCCUGGAAGUAAAUGCAGGAAUCCCAUUUCUGGCAGAGGGGAAAUCAAGAUAUGGAUUAACCAUUGGUGUUGAAGGUACAUAUGCUUCAGAGACCAGUACAGAGAAAAUGGAGCUCUUCUCAUUUCCUGUUAAAGUUCCUGCAGGUAAAACCGUGGAUGUGCACAUCACACUUGGCCAAGCUACAGUUGAUCUCCCAUUCACUGGCAUCAUCAAGAUUACCUGCUAUAAUGGUAGCGCGCUGGAGAUUGAAACCCAUGGAACCUACAAGGGUGUCGCUUACUCUGAUUGAAAAGUGGUUGUGAAUGAAUCAAAGAAAAUGAUUGAUGUAGUCUUACAAGCUUUCGAUUAAAUUAUAUAAAUAUUUUAACUAC